GAAGCAUCGAGCUCAAGGCUCAUCAAAAGAGGCGACACAGUUUUGACGGGAAAUUGCCAUAACAAACACCUGCACACACACACACACAGUCAUCAAGAACCCUGACAGUCCCACCACCAACUCAUCAUAACUACGUCUCCCUUCUCAUGAAAACAAAAAUCUUAACCAAUGGACAUGAUCGUGAGCAGGAAUACUUCAGCAAACCCCCUGGAGGAAGAAGAAGCGUUAACGUAACAACAACAGCACCAUUACUGUAUGUGGAGGAGGAGGAGGAGGAGGUAGGAAGAUAAUUAAGACACAACACGAUCACUUUCACUGACGAAGGAACCUCUCGUUAUAAAACAGUUGUAAACCAGCCCUUCCCCAGCCACUGGUCCUCCUUCCAUCUGCUUCCUGCCCAAUUUCCAACCGUUUUCCCGCGUGUGUGCGAGGGGCGUGGCUGUCUCGUCGCACCGUACGCUGAUGACGGUGAUGGGAGGGCAGUGGGCAAGAGGGAGGGAAGGAUGGAUUAUCCAGAUGCUGGAAGCUCAGUGACUGCAGUACACAUACAAUGUCUUCUGAUGCAGCAAAGAGACCACAGAGCAUGGACACGCCCAACAGUUCCCAGAGUGAGGAGCCACGGCUCAAGAUACCACGGAGAUCACUAGGGGAGGAAGACGUGUCACAGAGAGUUAAGGAGCUACAGAUCAGAGUACAGGAAAAAAAGGAAGUGUUGCGCAAACUUAACUUAGCCAAGACUUAUCGCACCAAGUGGGAGACACAGGAUCUCAGCACUGUGACCAACCAUUGGCUUGAGGUGUGCCAGACAGCUUUGGAGGACCUGCGGGCAAGACUGAAGGAAGGUUUGGCUGGUGAUAAAGGCCAGCCACAGCUUACCUUGAAAACUUUAGUGCUCAAUCUUGGCAUUGACCUGGAACUGGUACAGCUUGAUGAAGAGGAGGACUGUUUCAUCACAUAGGCUGCACUGGAGAACAUUACUACAAUGUCUAGAAAGGAAAUAUGUACAUUCUUGUUCUGAGAUACGUAAAUCUGUCUUAUUGAUCAUUAUUAGUAUAUGUUAAGUGUAACACUUUUCCAAUGUGUCUUCCUUACUUUUAUAAGAUUGUCAAUACUGUUAAUUCUCUAUAGAAUAUUGUAUAAAUAACACAUUCAUGUUUUCCAACCAUGUAUACAUAGAUGAAUUAUAAGGCAGAAUCUGAAGUCAACCUCAUGAUGAGGCUUAGCAUGUUAUCAAAUAACAAAAAUAUCACUGAUGACAAUGUUUGGAGUGAAAUGAGUAUACAUGUGAUCAUUACAGAUAUAAACUAUGCUGACUGCAAUUGAUGUUUUCUAUAAAUGUAAGGAAGAAUAUGAAACAAAUAUAUACACAUCAUACU